UCCUGCUUACGUGGCCUCAAUCCGCUUGCCCUUUCUCUCUCCCAAUCGUCUGCUUCUCUCUCUUCUUCAUUCCCAAUUCCAAACCCUAAUUUCACACUUGUAAUUUCUCUCUCUCUCUCUCUCUCUCUCUAUCUUAAAAAUCCCGUCUUUACCUGUUGCUGAUUUUAUCUAUUUGGGGAAACAAACUAAAACUCCCAAUAAUUUAUUUUUGUUUUGGGAAGGUUUUCGAAAUUUCUUACUCUCGAAGUCUGAACCUUCAAUUCCCAGCUUAGAACUCAAUUUUCGUGAGCUUACCUUCGAUUAUUUUAUUGCUUUGUCUGUUCCCAGAAGGUCAAAACCAGAACUUCUAUGCUCGUUUUCUGUUCCGAGUAGCUUCUCAUGCUGGUACAGGAGGUAUGAAUUUAUUAGGAUAAAGGAAGAUCUGGGCUGAAUUAUUUUGACAAGUAUGUCGGUAGAAAGGUCGUUCGAAGCUUGGGAGGAGGUGCAGCGACAUGGUCAGGACCUGGCGGACCGGCUGGCACAGGGUUUCACCGGUUUGAUCCAGUCCCACAUAAAUCCACCCCCUUUUCCGUGGCCCAACUCUCAAAAUUCAAAGCUUUUCGAUCUUGAAUUCCCACCUCAGAGUUUUGGCAAAAGGGACUUUGGAUUGGUGGUUGAUAACUCGGGAAUCAGUGGGGUUUCUGCAAUUCUUGAUAUUGGCAAUAGGAUUGGGCAAGCUGGGGCGGAUUUCGGGGCGGGCUUGAAUGGGAUGGUUCAACAGUUCUUCAGGAUGUUGCCUGUACCAUUUUGGCAAGAGGAUAAUUCAAUGGCUACAAUCCGAAUGGAUUUAGAUAAGAAUAGGCAGAGAGCUGAUGUCGGUAUGAUUGUUCAGGAAGAAUUGGGACCGCUGACUGAUAGGUUAAGAGAUUUCGGCUUUGUUGAGAAUGACAAUGGUGUGGAUGGAGUAGUGGAUGAAGAGGUUGCUGGCUUUAAUAUGAGGACGGCUGGUCAUCUUGCUAGACCUCAGGGAAUUGUCAAUUUCACAUCAACAUAUGAUAGUAGAACACGUGAUGUGGAUAGUUCUUUGGUUGCAAGAGGAGACUUAUGGAGAGUUGAAGCAUCCCACAACAGUUCCACCUCUAGGAAUGACAAUUCAUCUCUCUUCCUUGUUCAGCUUGGUCCAGUACUUUUUGUUCGUGAUGCAACUCUUCUCUUACCUGUUCAUUUGUCAAAACAGCACUUGCUUUGGUAUGGUUAUGAUAGGAAGAAUGGCUUGCACUCUCUUUGUCCAGCUGUGUGGUCAAAACACAGAAGGUGGCUCUUAAUGUCAAUGCUCUGUCUCAAUCCCUUAUCUUGUUCUUUCGUUGAUUUGCAAUUUCCAAAUGGGCAAUUGACUUAUGUUUCUGGUGAGGGGUUAAGUACAAGUGCUUUCUUACCAGUUUGUGGAGGUCUUCUUCAAGCUCAAGGUCAAUAUCCAGGAGAGAUGAGAUUUAGUUUCUCUUGCAAGAAUAAAUGGGGAACACGCAUCACUCCAACGAUACAAUGGCCAGACAAGUCUUUUACAUUAGGUCUUGCACAAGCUUUGGCUUGGCAGAGAUCUGGUCUCAUGGUGAGGCCUACGGUUCAAGUCAGUUUAUGUCCAACAUUGGGGGGAAGCAAUCCUGGAGUGAGGGCAGAACUCAUUCAUUCAGUCAAAGAACACCUAAAUCUUAUAUGUGGUUAUGCACUAGCGACACAUCCUUCAGCAUACGCAUCUGUGUCGAUUGGCAGGUCCAAGUGGAAUGGAAAUGUUGGCAACUCAGGGUUAGUGGUGAGAGUGGAUGCUCCUCUUACCAAUGUUGGUCGACCUUCCUUUUCUGUUCAGAUAAAUAGUGGUAUUGAGCUUUGAUUAUUUACUCUUGUACUCUCCAAUAGAAGUGUAUAUAAUUUAGUGUCAAAUCUUUUUAAUGCAACAUAUGUCAAAAAAAAAAAAAAACUUUUUAAUGUAACAUCUCCACAUGUAAAUAAGAUUGUUGAAAGCUGAUAUACCGAUCUCCCCUUUUUCCUAUGUCGGGAGUUCAUUUUAUUGUUACAACUCUCUUAUAUUAAUGUAUAUAUAUCUAGAAUAGUCUACUAUGUUAUCUUAUUA